CUCCAUGUUGGUCUCAAACUCCUGACCUCAGGUGAUCUGCCCGCCUUGGCCUCCCAAAGUGCUGGGAUUAUUAGGUGUGAGCCACUGUGCCCGGCCUAGUUUUGGUUUUAAAGUAAAAGUAGCCCUAAAGUCAGUAUAACUAAAGGGUGGAACGAGGCGGGACAAGGUCUAGAAUUGCUGCUCAGUGAUGUCUGUGUGCCUCCUGUUGGGGGAGCUGAGACUGUGGAUGGUUGGUUUCCUGGCUAGUUUCUCCCAGCACAGUGGGGACUGGCUCUGUUGUAUAAGGAAGACAGCACAUAGUGGCAGAGAUAGACUCUAACCCAUGGACUUUCCAUGGGAGGGAAUAGGCCUUUGGAGGGUAUGCAGGACCAAGGUAGACACUGGAUAAAGAACCAGGUAGUUCCCAAGUGUUGCCCCAUCUGGGACAUUGCUCCCACACUCAGGAACCAGACCUUGUGGGUGAGAACACACUGUCCCUCCUGCCAAAUUAAUAACUUCCUCCCCAGCCAGAAUCCUGCAGCAGGCAGGCAUAUAGCUCUGCACUUACAGUAGCUCCUGCUCAGACGUUGUCAAAACCACCCUGCAGCUCAGGAUUAAGGAGCGUGGUCACAGGAAGGUGGGGUUUCAGGGCAUCCCUCAGAAACUGCCCAUCUCCCCAGAAUUCCAAAAUGAAGGCCCAUGUGCUUGUAGGUGUGCUGGUCAUGGUGGGCCUCGCAGUGGGAAAGGGUAAGUGGGGCCCACGGGCAGGGAGGGAGGGAGGGGUAACUGAGUCUAGGGUGGGGGUGGAGCUUGGCCAUGGAUACUUGGGCUUCCUACUGGCCAGGGUAUUUGAGAGAGAGCCAGUGCUCCCAUCCAUCCUUUCUUCUGCCUCCCUAGUUCCUGUUCCCGACAUCCGGACCUGCCACUUCUGCCUCUUAGAAGACCCUUCUGUAGGAUGCAUUUCAGGCUCAGAGAAGUGUACCAUCAGCAGCUCAUCCCCAUGCAUGGUGAUCACCAUCUAUUAUGAUGUCAAGGUUCGCUUCAUCGUUCGAGGCUGUGGACAGUACAAUUCCUACCGCUGCCAAGAAAAACGCAACACCUACUUCGCAGAGUACUGGUAUCAGGCCCAGUGCUGCCAGUAUGAUUAUUGCAACUCCUGGUCAAGCCCGCAGCUCCAGAGUUCCCAGUGGGAGCCCCGUGACAGACCCCUGGCCCUGCCUCUGUCUGACUGGCAGAUUCAGUGGUUCUACCAGGCCCUGAACCUCUCACUGCCCCUCCCCAGUUUCCAUGCUGGGAAGGAGCCUGAUGGCCUGGACCCCGUGGCCAAACUGCCCCUGAUUCUGGGCUUGUCGUUUGCUGACCUGCGCCGCAUGUAUUUGUUCCUCAAUAGUUCAGGACUUUUGGUUCUUCCCCAGGCUGGACUCUUGACACCUCACCCUUCCUGAAUUCCACUCUGUGCAAGUGUCUCUCUCUGUCACCCUCAGCAUGCUGCACUCCCCUCUCUGAAAACACCCAUCUACUUUGGUCAGUGAUUUCUUAGGCCUCCCUUGGUUGUACCACCAGCAUCUAUAUGCCUUUGGUGUAAUUUCUCUCUUGAACACUGGUACUAUUCUUCCUCCUAGAAAAUAAUCUCUAGUGUGGAUUCUGCCCAGACAGGCUGACCUGGGAAAGUCACAGUGGAUCCUCCAUUCCUUCUCCAUUAUGAGUGUUCCAGUAUCCCCCAUCCCUCUCAAUCUGGUCACUUGCCUAUUUAGAUCUAGCUCUUUUUCCUCUGUCUUGUCCCUGUCUCUUAAGACCCACUACCAGACUGAACUUGCAGCAAGAAGGAUAAGGAGGCCAGGCACGGUGGCUCACGCCUGUAAUCCCAGCACUUUGAGAAGCUGAGGCGGGUGAAUCACUUGAGGUGGGGAGUUUGAGACCAACCCGGCCAACAUGGUAAAACCUUGUCUCUAGUAAAAAUACAAAAAUUAACCGGGUGUGGUGGCGCACCUCUCUAAUCCCUGAGUAGGAUGCUACUCAGGAUGCUGAGGUAGAAGAAUUGCUUGAACCUGGGAGGCAGAGAUUGCAGUGAGCCGAGAUCACAUCCCUGCACUCCAGCCUAGACAACAGAGUGAGACUGUCAAAAAAAAGGAUGAGGAAGAAUAGAAUUCUAUGCAGGUGUCCUAACUUGGCAAUCUUGUGUCCCUGCCUCACUGUCUCUACCACCCCCCUUUUGUCCUGGUCUUUUCUCUCUUCUGUCCUCUCUUGUCAGUCUCUGGCCUCGUCAGUCCCCUUUCCCCUCACUGAGUCCUGACACCCACCUCCCUAGGGGCCUGUGAGAGGAGAGGGAAGGGUGUGUCUUGCUCAGCUCCAUGUCCCCUGUUUUCCUCCACAAUAAACUGGGACUGGGCUAAA